GGAUUCCAUUCUCUUCCAUUCCAGACUAGAAGCAGAAGCAGUUGAGAGGUUUCAAUUUGUUUGAUUCGAUGGGGACCAGGUCUCAGCAACCAAACCCAGCAGCAGCUGACGACGAUGACGACAUGCGCGGCGGUCAGUCCGUCUCCAUGAGCGGCAGCAUGGGCUCGCCGUCCAGCCGCAGCGAGCAGACCGCCACACCCGCCGGCGACUCUCUCCGAUUGAAUCAUCCCGACGUUAACGGCGACGAUGCCGGCACCGCUGGAAAGAAGAAGAAGAGAGGCCAACGAGCUGCAGGAGGCGAUAAGAAUGGAAGAGGACUGCGCCAGUUUAGCAUGAAAGUUUGCGAGAAAGUGGAGAGCAAGGGAAGAACUACUUAUAAUGAGGUUGCAGAUGAACUUGUAGCAGAGUUUUCGGACCCUAUCAAUGGUGUUGCAUCCCCUGAUCAGCAACAAUACGAUGAGAAGAACAUCAGGCGAAGGGUAUAUGAUGCCCUCAAUGUUCUAAUGGCAAUGGAUAUUAUAUCCAAGGAUAAAAAGGAGAUACAAUGGAAGGGUCUGCCUCGUACCAGCCUGAAUGAUAUUGAAGAACUGAAGACAGAGCGCUUAGGACUAAGGAGUAGGAUUGAAAAGAAAGCUGUCUAUCUGCAAGAACUAGAGGAACAGUAUGUAGGUCUUCAAAACCUGAUACAACGAAAUGAGCAAUUAUACUGCUCUGGAGAUGCUCCCAGUGGGGGUGUGUCUUUACCUUUCAUUCUUGUGCAGACUCGCCCUCAUGCAACUGUUGAGGUGGAAAUAUCAGAGGAUAUGCAACUGGUACAUUUUGACUUCAAUAGCACCCCAUUUGAGCUCCAUGAUGAUAACUAUGUGUUGAAGGCAAUGAAAUUCUGUGAUAGGCCACAGGCUGAUGAUGGAGGUGAAGGGUCUAGCAUGUCAGCCAUGUAUCAACAGCACAUUCCUCCACAGAUCCCUCUUCCUCCAAUGGUGAACACACCUCUCAGGACUCCCACCUCGCCACCUCUUCCAGGAAUAAUAAAAGCCCGCGUGAAGCACGAGCACUGAUAACCAACUGCAAGCUUAUUUAUCAGGCCAUGGGCAAUGAUAUUAGCAUCUGUAUAUUGUGGAGAGUAUUUUGCAGGAAACGAAUAGGUCCAUGUCAGUCUGUGAUCUCAUUAGAACCAGUAGUAGUUUAGGUUACAGCAGAUGAGUUGUCCGGGAGGGUUGGCCCUGGCAUUCUUUGCUCUCAACGCCCCCUGUUCCGCUAUUGUAAUCUGUUUCCUCCAAUUCUUUUUAAUUUAUGCUGUUUCUAGGCUCAGCUUUGUACUAGAAAUCAAGGUUUGCAAAAUGUAGUCUGUAGAGGAGUAUCCAGCUACAAAUAGAAUCAAAGAAUGAAUUCGACA